CACGUGAUAUCACAAGAUGGCGACUUCGUUAUAGAUGGAUACGGUGAUGUGGUCUUUCUAACUGCGGUGGACAUUGUCAUCUAUUGCGCAUCAGUUAUCGCACCAAGAAUGGCUCUAAAUGUCUUUGACCAUGAUGAAUACAGACCACCAGUGUGGAAAUCUUACCUGUAUCAGCUCCAGCAGGAGGCACCACAUCCACGGCGAUUGACCUGCACCUGUGAGGUGGAUAACCGACCCAAAUACUAUGGGAGAGAGUACCAUGGGAUGGUCUCCAGAGAGGAGGCUGACCAGCUGCUGAGUGUGGCAGAGGGCAGUUACCUCAUCAGGGAGAGCCAGAGGCAGCCUGGGACCUACACACUGGCCCUACGCUUUGGAAAUCAAACCAAGAACUUCCGCCUCUACCAUGAUGGGAAACACUUUGUCGGGGAGAAGCGCUUUGAGUCCAUUCACGACCUUGUGACAGAUGGGCUGAUCACACUCUACAUCGAGACUAAGGCAGCAGAGUACAUCGCUAAGAUGACCAUUAACCCAAUCUAUGAGCACAUUGGCUACACAACACUCAACAAGGAGCCCACGCUGAAGAAACACUUGCCUGUGUGCCAGGAGGUUCCCGAUGGGCCUGCUCCACAGGGAGAGCGGGCUGACGAGGAGAAAGGGCUCACCUCGCUGGUACGUCGAGCCACCCUGAAGGACAACGACCACGCGACCAAGUAUGAGAAAGUCCACAAUUUCAAGGUUCACACCUUCCGGGGACCCCACUGGUGUGAAUAUUGUGCCAACUUCAUGUGGGGCCUCAUCGCUCAGGGAGUGAAAUGUGCAGAUUGCGGUUUGAAUGUCCACAAGCAGUGUUCCAAAAUGGUGCCAAAUGACUGCAAGCCUGACCUCAAGCAUGUCAAGAAAGUAUACAGUUGUGACCUUACGACACUGGUAAAAGCCCACAAUUCCAAGCGACCCAUGGUGGUGGACAUGUGCAUACAAGAGAUUGAGUCUAGAGGUGUUCAGUCUGAGGGCCUGUACAGAAUCUCAGGCUUCAGUGAUCUGAUUGAAGAUGUGAAGCUGGCUUUCGACAGAGAUGGUGAAAAGGCGGACAUUUCUGUGAAUGUGUAUGAAGACAUCAACAUAAUCACUGGCGCACUGAAACUGUAUUUCAGGGAUUUACCUAUUCCUCUUAUCACGUACGACGCCUACCCAAGGUUCAUGGAGGCAGCAAAGAUAACGGAUCCAGACAAGCGGUUGGAGGCCCAUCAUGAAGGUCUGAAGCUGCUGCCACCUGCACACUGUGAAACACUGUGUUAUCUCAUGGCCCACUUAAAGAGGGUAACCCAAAAUGAUAAAGACAACCUGAUGAAUGCAGAAAACCUUGGCAUUGUUUUUGGGCCCACCCUCAUGCGUGCCCCAGACUUGGAUGCGAUGACGGCACUCAAUGACAUCCGCUACCAGAGACAGGUGGUGGAGACGCUCAUAAAGAACGAAGACAUUCUGUUCUGAAAGGGGAUGACAAACAAUGAAGGAAUCUUAAAUCAUGAAUAAGUGAUUUACUCAUCAUUUAGAGAGGAGGAAGUGACAAUUGUGUUUUGAAUAUUUUCCCUUUGUUAAACCAAGACUUUAAUAAUAAUGGAGUAUUUGAGCCAUUGUACAUUCUCUCCCACUCCCAGUGAACCCUGUCUGAAGAGAUGUCUGUUGAGUUUGGAUCACGUACCUUAGACUUGUCUUUUGCAUGUUCACCCCCCCCCAUUUCUGUCGGGGGUAAUUGAUGGAACACACAUUCCUUCUGGAUAGCUAGUAUGUGUUUUGUUUUCAGAUAUUGGGUCACACCAAAGAGAUAGAGGACUCAUCUUUAUCUCUGACAUUAUAGCGUCUG